AUGGUGCUCUGUCGUGUUGCUAAAGUCGUUGCGACCAAACUCGAGGCUGACGAAAUCUCCAGGCUGAACUCGCGAGGCAAUCUCGUCGAACAGACCGUUAUCGGUCGUUGUAUGCGAUCGGCUUUCGAGUCCUAUAUACUCCGCCUGACAGGGGAUGGUAAGGCCGAGCUCAAGGGCGCGCCGGUACAGCCCGAGCUCGCCCAUGAUUAUGGCUCGGCAUCGUGGACCUCGAGCGAACCAGUCAACGCGACGGGCGCCAUGGCGAACAGUUUUCUAUCCAGUCAAUCUGGACUGUCCGACGAUUCGAUGUUCUCGUCUAACAGCGAGAGAUCGUCCGUUGCCGACGAUGAGCCUUGCUCGCCAGCGACCGAGGAGGAAGAAGAGUCGACGCUGCUAGAGGAUGGUCACCCGUCAGCUUGCUACCAGUAUCAAUGUCAACCCGCAAGCGCGUCGGCUUCACACUCACGCUUUGACAGUCGGCAGACGAGUCGUACUUCGGAGGUCUCCACGGACACAGAUGCGAGCUUUGACGAAGAACUACUGGGAAGCAUGUCCUGGCUCGACGUGGCCGCUCCUGCUUCGUCCUCUGCAUCUCGAUGGCAGAUUGCGUUCAGGAGCACGCAAGAUCAGGGUUUCAUGCGGUCUCAUCCCAGCCAACAUGCCUGCAUGAGCCCGCCGAAGCGCCGCACGUCUACCGUGACCGAAAAGAUCACCAUCGACCCGAGAGUCUCGCCUCUGCAUGCUCGAAGACGCGAGAGAGACUCGAGGGAGCAAGUCAGGCAGCCGUCGCCGACCAGACCAGCACAGCCAAAGCGCCGUACCAGCAAUGGGCGGCGCUUCUUACAGCUCUUUGCCGGUAAGGGCUUCACCAGCAAAGCAGAGCCAGAUGUGCAACGUAUACCCUCAGAGAAAAGUAUAUUCCCCCGGCGACAAUCACUCGUCGAAAGCAAGCGGACGAAUGAGAAGAGUGCUGCUAACAGCAGUAGCUCGCUCCUGACGCGUUCGAUCAACUCGAUACGCUCGGUGCCUAAUAUGCUUUCAUCUGCACCCGUGCAACACGCCGACUGGCACAAAUUUGCACAAGACCUAGAUGAAAGCGAGGGUGUCGAUGAGCAUCCCCGGCCGACUUCGCCUGGCGAGCUCCCUUGGCCCAGACUGUCCCUCCUGAAAGGCACAUCGAGCAACGGCGAAGUAGCGAGCAGCUCUGUGCAGCUCCAGACGUUUGCCUUUUCGCCCUCUGCACCCCAGAAAGCGAUUUUGCCACUGGCCAAGCCGAGACCAUCAGGCGUGCAGCCGACAUCCAGUGCGAUAGCAUGCAUACCCCCUCCCCCAUCAGUUCACGAUAUCGUGAGCGAGAUCAGCGAGAUCGAGCUGAUAGCCGAUGAUGCGGAACCCGUACCGGACGAGCAACCGAUAGUCCGAUUUCUGGCCAAUUCGAGUCACUUGCGCAUGCUCACGCUCGAAUUUGAGAUGAUGCGCCAUCGCAAGAUUGUGGCGCCUCUUCGUGGGCGUGCGGUCACCAUCGUGGUGGCGCCCCGACGCAAGCAUGCUCAGUCAACCAGUGCGAAUGCACGGGCGCCCUAUGCUUCGCCCGGUCCUUCGACAUUGAGGUUGGUAAUAUGUUGA